CGGCGUUCCGGCUCCGGCGUGCUCGGGGAGCUGGUUAGGCCCGGGGUGCAGCAGCGGCGAUGGGGGCGGCGGGCGUGGGUUUGGUGGACUGUCACUGCCACCUCUCUGCCCCCGACUUUGACCACGAUCUGGAUGAUGUGUUAGAGGAAGCCAAGAAGGUCAACGUUGUGGCCCUUGUGGCAGUUGCUGAACAUUCAGGAGAAUUUGAAAAGAUUAUGCAACUUUCAGAAAGGUAUAAUGGAUUUGUCCUGCCGUGUUUGGGUGUUCACCCAGUCCAGGAACUGCCAUCAGAAGACCAGAGAAGUGUCACAUUGAAGGAUUUGGAGGUGGCUUUGCCUAUUAUUGAGCGUUAUAAGGAUCGCUUAUUGGCAAUUGGAGAGGUUGGACUAGAUUUCACCCCCAGAUUUGCUGGCACUGAUGAACAGAAGGAAGAGCAAAGACAAGUCCUAAUCAAACAAGUCCAAUUAGCCAAAAGACUAAAUUUGCCUUUAAAUGUUCAUUCCCGCUCAGCUGGAAGACCUACCAUCAGCCUCUUACAUGAGCAAGGUGCUGACAAGGUACUGCUGCAUGCAUUUGAUGGUCGGCCAUCUAUCGCCAUGGAAGGAGUAAGAGCUGGGUACUUCUUCUCCAUACCCCCUUCUAUCAUAAGAAGUGGACAGAAGCAGAAACUUGUAAAACAGUUGCCUUUAACUUCAAUAUGCUUAGAAACAGAUUCACCUGCACUAGGACCAGAAAAACAGGUGCGAAAUGAGCCCAGGAACAUUUCCAUUUCAGCAGAAUAUAUUGCCCAAGUGAAAGGGAUCUCAGUGGAAGAAGUUAUAGAAGUGACAACACAGAACGCAUUGAAACUGUUUCCCAAGCUUCAACACCUCCUGAAGAAAUAGCUUCAAAAUCAUCCACUGCAAAACCAAAACAACUGCAGAGGCAGCGUCUGCGAAGAAUAAAUGUUCUGAUACAGAAUCUGAAUGGAAGAAGCCAUCUCAUAGGGAUAUAGGAGAUUAUAGGGAAAUAUAGAAGAUUACUGAGGGAAAUGAAAGUGGACUUGAGCCAAACCCUUGGUUUCUGAGUCUCAUCUUUUGGCUGCUCUUCAGUUAGCCAACUCCUGGCAGGUGAUUGGGGAAACACUGCUACAUCUUACCUUGCCCCAUUAAGUUUCAGAACCACCAUCUGACCAAAACCACUGCUUCUGGAAAGGGUGGCUCCAUGGGUAAGACGUGCACACGGCUGUGAUAGGAUGCGGUAGGCUACAGUUCGAGUCUUCACAGCUUGCUUUCUUCCCAUGGGAUCUAGCCAGUGAAGGGAGGACAUCUAGUUUCUUAGACUUUCAGAAAGCUUUUCCUACUUUUUAAAUCAGACAUUUACUAUUUAUUUCUCUCUAAGGGAAACAUACACAAUAUUUUAACACUGAUCUUGACUUACAAGGCCAAUGGUUUUUACAAGGCCAGUGAUUUUGACUUACAAGGCCAAUGGUUUGUAUGAUAGCUUAAAUGUCAAACCCAAAAGUUUAGUUAAUAAACUGACUUUAAGUUUCA